AUGGAUGCUACUCUGAUUAAAACAGUUAAUAAGCUUCAGGAUGCCUUUGCUACGGUCGGUGUACAGAAUCCGGUAGACCUUCCUCAGAUAGUAGUUAUUGGCUCACAGUCAAGUGGGAAAAGUUCAGUGUUGGAAAAUAUAGUAGGUCGUGACUUUUUACCUAGAGGCACCGGUAUAGUAACUCGAAGACCUUUGGUCUUGCAACUCAUUAAUCGACCACAAAAUACACCUAAUGGUACCGAAGAAGAUUUACCUAACGGCGAAACAGAAAAAAAACCUCGAAGUAAAAAAGAAUCCAAUGAAAAAGAAAAUAAAGAAGCAGAGGAAUGGGGAGAAUUCUUGCACAUUCCUGGUGUUAAACUUUAUGACUUUAAUAAGAUCCGGGAUGAAAUUGUCAAAGAAACUGAGGAAAAAACUGGAAAAAAUGCUGGUAUUUCCCCACAACCCAUCAAUCUGAGAAUAUUUUCGCCACAUGUCUUGACUUUGACACUUGUCGAUUUGCCUGGUCUGACCAAAGUUCCCGUUGGUGAUCAACCAAAAGACAUAGAAAAACAAAUUCGUGAAAUGAUACUGAAAUAUAUUACUAAACCAAAUGCUAUUAUUCUUGCGGUCACUGCCGCCAAUACUGAUUUGGCAAAUUCGGAUGGUCUAAAAUUAGCACGAGAAGUUGAUCCCGAAGGAUCUCGUACAAUCGGUGUUCUUACGAAAAUCGAUCUUAUGGAUCAAGGAACAGAUGUUGUAGAUAUUUUAGCAGGGCGCGUUAUUCCCUUACGACUUGGAUACGUUCCCGUGGUGAAUCGUGGUCAAAAGGAUAUUGACAGUAGGAAAGCAAUUUCCUCAGCUUUAGAAGCUGAACGUCAAUUCUUUGAGAAUCAUCCUUCUUACAAGAGCAAGGCACAAUAUUGUGGUACUCCAUUCUUAGCACGAAAACUUAAUAUGAUUCUAAUGCAUCACAUAAGAAACACCCUUCCGGAAAUCAAGGCAAAAAUACAAGCAGCCUUAGCAAAGUAUCUUCAAGAAUUAACCAGUCUUGGUGAUCCAUUAGAUGAACAUUCAAACAAUCAAGGCAACAUUGUUUUAAACAUUAUAACUGAAUUCUGUACCGAAUUUCGUACAAUAAUUGAUGGAAAUUCGCAAGAUCUGUCUUCAUUUGAAUUGUCUGGUGGUGCGCGUAUCAGCUUCGUAUUCCAUGAAGUUUUCUCAAAUGGCGUAAAAUCUAUAGAUCCAUUUGACCAAGUUAAAGAUGUAGAUAUCAGAACUAUUCUUUAUAACUCUUCCGGUUCAUCCCCAGCUUUGUUCGUUGGCACAACAGCUUUUGAAGUGAUCAUUAAACAACAAAUUAAACGACUUGAGGAGCCAAGUCUAAAAUGUGUUACGCUUGUAUAUGAAGAAUUAGUUCGAAUUCUAAAUCAACUAUUGCAGAAACAGGCAAAGAAAUUCUACACGGUUGUAAUUAAUUUCUUCAAAAAAGCAACGAAUCCUACAAAUAAACUUGUCUCCGAUCUUGUUGCAAUGGAAGCUUGUUAUAUUAAUACGGGUCAUCCUGAUUUCCUCAAUGGUCAUAAAGCAAUGGCUGUGGUCAAUGACAAACUCAAUCCUCCGAAACCUGCAAAUUCAACCGAUAACAAAAAUAGAGGAAGUAUUGCAAAUUUGACGAGCAAUCCUCUCAACUUCGAAACUGAAUCGCAAAAUACUGGCUUCUUUGGAAGUUUCUUUGCUUCAAACAAGAAAAAGAAGGCUGGCCUAAUGGAACCGCAGCCACCUCCGGUAUUAAAAGCCUCGGGAAAUCUUUCAGAACGUGAAUAUAUGGAGACGGAAGUAAUAAGUAAGUCGAGUAUUUUAAUUUCUUAUUUGGUAUUAUACGGGACUGACACGGUCUUUACUACCACCAAAUCAUCGUUAGAACUUCUUAUUCAAUCAUACUUCAAUAUUGUGAAACGUACUAUUGUGGACACGGUUCCUAAAGCGAUUAUGCUGCAUCUGGUCGCAUACGCUAAAGAAGAACUACAACGAGAAUUGCUUCAGGAACUGUACAAAGUAGACGUUUUGGAUGAAUUGCUCAAGGAGAGUGAGUUCACUCAACAGAGACGGAAAGAAGUCAAGAAAAUGAUUGAGGCUUUGCAAAAAGCUGACGAGAUUGUUGCUGCCGUCUAA